AUGAAUGCAGUUUUCUUUGAGUUGAAUCAAAUGUCAAAGACCAGUAUGGUCGAUUUCCUGAACGAGGCAUCAGUGGCGACAAUCCUGAAGGGGACGUCAUCCUCCGUGCAAGGCCUGGCCGUUGAUUGGCUGAACCAGAACCUUUACUACACCGACGCGUACUACAACUGGAUCGGGCUGUUCAACACCAACUCCUCCAAUCACCACGUAGUCGUGCAGACGGGCUUGGAUAGGCCGCAAGGCAUCGCCGUGCACCCAAGCCGAGGGCAGAUAUUCUGGAGUGACCGGGGACGGGAGCCGAAGAUCGAAAGUGCGACGCUGUCCGGACAGAACAGGACAGUCCUGGUCAGUACCAACAUCCAGGCUCCGCAUGGGAUGGUCAUCGACUAUGUCAGAAACAGACUUUACUGGGCAGACAGCGGGCUUGACAUAAUCGGAUACUAUGACCUGGACAGCGGGACCCGGGGCGUUUACCGCUACUCACCGGGAACCCACUUCUUUGACAUUGCGUUUGAUGGGGCUGGCAUUCUAGCUACCGACCAGAGCGGAGACGAUCUGCAUGUGAUAGUGGAUGGGGAGGACGUCAUCGAAGCGCAGCUCAGAGCCCAGCCGCAUGGUGUCGCUUUUUACCACGACAGCAGGCAGGAAUGGCAAGAAACUGACUGCCAGGUGAACAAUGGCGGGUGUCAGCACACCUGUGUGGGAGAUGCAGGUGGGCACAGGUGUCUCUGUCUGCUGGGGUAUUCUCCGGGAGACGACAAUCAUACCUGUACUGAAGAUGGUGGACUCCCAUCAGUGGCUCUUCUGUUCUCCAGUGACGCGGGGGUGUACUGGUUACGUCAUGAUCUACCGGACGUUCCAAGUGACGUUUCUGUGUCACUCGGAACUCUGGUUUCCGGUCUGCGAGUCGUGGCCAUGGACGUCAACUAUGCAGGAAAGAUGUUAUUCUACACACAAGAUGUGGCAGACGGCACCCAACGGAUCUACAGGCGAUCCUUAAUCCAUGGCUCUAUCGAUGCACCACAUUUCAUACACGCCGGAGGGAGCAACAUUGAAGGGAUUGCUGUUGAUUGGGUGGCAUCAAACCUGUACUGGACAGAAAAGUCGCACGGAAACAUCCAAGUGUCCAGACUGGACGGCGGUUUCAGGAAGGUCAUAGUGUCAGGACUGGACCAGCCGCUAGGUGUCGCUGUGCAUCCACGCGAAGGGUUCCUUUUCUGGACUGAGAGUGGGACCAAUCCUAGAGUGGCGAGGGCAACAUUAGCUGGUACAGAAACAAGAACCCUGGUGUCCGGCUUCAGUGUUAAUCAGCCCAGGGGUCUGGCUAUUGACUUCUUGGAGGACAGGAUUUACUGGGUGGACGGUUUCCAUGGUACCGUCCAAUCAUGUGACGUCAAUGGCGGGAAUGUGGUCUCGCAUUCGCUAACUGGUGCAUUUGACCUUUCUGGGAUAACCAUCUACAAGGACUACGUCCUGAUGACGGACAGUGACAACCGGCGUUUGGUCAUCGGACUGCGUCAGCACGACGGACAGUUCGGCGUACACAGAACGGUCUCCGGACUGGGGACGGAACCGCACAACAUCCGGAUGUACGACGGCAACGAACAGCUGUCCCAUCCAGGGCCGUGUGAUGAAGACAAUGGAGGCUGUGGAGACCUCUGUCUACCAGUCCCAAGUGGAAGGGUUUGCGCGUGUGGAGAAGGGCGCUUCUUACAGCUGGAUGGUCGUAACUGCGGACUACAUGUGCCGGUACCAGUAACAACGACAACACAAGCACCUGUCGUAACCACAACUACGCGUGAACCAACAACCACUAGUACACAGAGAGCAUCUACCACCACCUCUACUACACCACGACCCUCUACCACUACCACGACUACAAUACAACCCUCUACCACCACCACUACAGUAACUACACUACAACCCUCUACCACCACCACCACUACUACACAGCAACCCUUUACUACCACCUCUACCACACUACAACUUUCCACUACCACUACUACUACACAACAGCCCACUACUACUACCACUUCUACUACUACACAACAACCCUCUACCACAACCUCCACUACGCUACAACCUUCUACCACCACAACUACUACGCUACAACCCUCUACUACCACCUCUACUACACUACAACCCUCCACCACGACCACUACUACACUACAUCCCUCUACCACAACCUCUACUACACUACAACCCUCUACCACCACCACUACUAUACAGCAACCCUCUACUACCACCACUACUACGCUACAACCCUCCACCACCUCUACUACACUACAGCCCUCCACUACAACAACCUCUACUACACUACAGCCCACUACUACAACCACUACUACACAACAGCCCUCUACUACUACCUCUACUACACCACAACCACCCACCACUUCUACUACACGACAACCCUCCACUUCUACCAGUACUAUGACACUACAACCAAGCAGAGCCUCAACAGUCAGCCCACCGACAUUCGAAAACACGUGCCCGAAUGGCCAGUCUUUGAGCUUCGACCUAUCGGCCGAUGGACGGGUUUUUAUCAACCUAACCCUCACAGCAACCGACGGAGAAGGAACGCCGCUCCAGGUCGAGGGAAGCGUAAGUCUGCCGGGCUAUGUGGACUACGAACCCGGAAGGCAACACUGGUCGUUUCAGGCUGUGGACAGAUGGGGAAGGACAGCGACAUGCUCCUUCGAUGUGACCAUAUUAGGUGAUUGA